AAUGACUGCAGAGUGUGAUUGGUGACUGUUCCAUUCCGCUGUAAAUUUUCGCUUCAUGGGACGGCAGCUUGACGUAAGCAUGGAAAAUGGAAAUACCAAUGAGCGUAGAGGCGAUAGAGGUCUAUAGCAUACAAUUCAACAGUUGUAAUGCAAGAUAGAGCGUAAAUCGUAUCGAUGAAAAGACAAAUGUAAUAAAUGGCGUAUAUAUACUUGAAAAACUUGCAAGCUAAUUCAUCGGUUUGCUAUUAAUUGAGGUUACUGAGAAAGGCUAUUAGCUCCUUGAAGUUUUUUCCAAAAAAGUUAUUCGUCUGCAUGAUUAGCCAGCUUUUGGAGGCUGAAAAUCUUGGGAAAAGAAAAAGAAGAAUUCAUCAGGAUGAUUGAUGUCACAAAUAAUGUAUUUGGCUUUGAGCUCUUUCAAAAACUCUAUUAUGAUGAUAUCCAUAAAAAGGAAGACGUAAUAAUUCUAUUCAUACAUUGGUACUUGACAAAAUCUGGAUUUAGAUGCAUUGGCAUAGGAGAUGAUGCAGCGUUUAAUGCAUCAGAAAAAGGUUCUGAAUUACUUCCAACAGAAUGGAAUUCACGUCCCAAUUAUUCACUACGUUAUGUAAAAGAUGAAAAAUUACAUGUACUUCUUGGAGUCAAAUCAGAUACAGAUUUAUUAUUGAAUUUGAUGAAGCACCAAGAUAAUUCUGUUUCUAACAUUUCGUUCCCUAUCGAGGAAACUGUAUCUGCAUUACAUGGACCUUUAGAGACUGUAAUACCAUCCUAUCAAACAAUUUUACAUAAUAUACAAAAAGAUUUUGUAAGUACUAUAUGCUCUAACGAAGCAGGGACCCAAACAACCGUACUAAAUAAUCCCGGAAGUUCCUCUGGAAGGAAUGAGGUUCCUCCCAUUGAUCCUUCAGCUGAUUCUCCAUUGAGGAUAUCCAGUAAUCGAGGAUUAAAUCGACCUGAAUAUGUGGGUAUAGGAAGUAGAGAUCUUAAUCCAUUUGGAGAAGGUGGAGGUAUGAUAUUCGAUCCAUUUGACACGAGGCGUCGUCAAAUUGGACGUUCACCGGGAGGUUUAGGAAUACCUGGAGUAUUGCCGCCAAAUGCGAUACCACCUGGUGCAAGAUUCGACCCUUUUGGUCCACCUGAAUUGGAUCCAAUGAGACCACAUCGUCGUAGACCCGAUGAUGACCAUUUACCUCCUCCACAAUAUGAUGAUAUGUUUUUGUAAUAAGUUACAAAAAAUUAAAUUUGAUGAAAAUGAAGGUAUACAAGUAUAGAUAGUUUCUUUAUAUAUUAAAUGUCUAUAAUAUUAUACCAUUUCGCUAAUAUAUUUCUUUUACAAUAUAUAUUAUUAUAUUGCAAAGAACCGUACAUGAAAGAUACAUAAGUAUUUCGUAUUUCUUUGGGGAUAAGAAUAAAGCCAAAAAAAUUUAUUUAUAUUCAAUAUACAUCAAGGUAUAAGAGUUAUUAUAAAACGUUUCUUUUUUCACAAAACAACUUCCAUUCCUUUUUAUUUCAUAAUUGAUGUUUACAAUGUAACAAAACGAUUUAAUUUAAUGUUUAAUUUAAUUAAAACUAAUUGUGUAAUGAUAUAGAGAUAGGAAAUUAUAUUGAAAAAUUAAACAGUAAUAUUUAUUUAUAAAUUGCGCUAACUCGUUAUUUUUUAUUUCUUGUUUAAUCAAUUUGUAGGGAGUGAUUGUUCUUAUUUUAUGUCGGUUCAAAAUAGAGGAUUUCUUUGCUAUCUAAAUUGUUCUUCCUUGAAAUAUUCACAUUAGACAUAUGAUUAAA